UCUGUCAGCCGCUCCCUCUGGGCCUCCGUUCUCCGCCCGCGCCCGCCGGAGCCUGUUCGCGUCGACUGACCAGAGUCCGCGAAUUCGCCGCUCCGAGCCCCUCCGCACCUCCCCAACCCCAGCUUUCUAUCUUUUGAAAACACUAAGAAUAAUGUCUCUGCAUCAGUUUUUACUAGAGCCAAUCACCUGUCAUGCCUGGAACAGGGAUCGUACCCAGAUCGCCCUUAGUCCCAAUAACCACGAAGUGCACAUCUACAAGAAGAACGGGAGCCAGUGGGUGAAAGCUCACGAACUCAAGGAGCACAACGGGCACAUCACAGGUAUCGACUGGGCUCCCAAGAGCGACCGCAUUGUCACCUGCGGGGCAGACCGCAACGCCUACGUGUGGAGUCAGAAGGACGGCGUCUGGAAGCCGACCCUGGUGAUCCUGCGGAUUAACCGCGCGGCGACUUUUGUGAAGUGGUCGCCCCUAGAGAACAAAUUUGCUGUGGGAAGUGGAGCGCGGCUCAUUUCUGUUUGUUACUUCGAGUCUGAGAAUGACUGGUGGGUAAGCAAACACAUUAAAAAGCCAAUACGCUCCACAGUCCUCAGCCUGGAUUGGCAUCCAAACAAUGUUUUGCUGGCAGCAGGAUCGUGCGACUUCAAAUGCAGAGUGUUUUCUGCCUACAUUAAAGAAGUGGAUGAAAAGCCAGCCAGUACUCCCUGGGGCAGCAAGAUGCCUUUUGGCCAGCUGAUGUCAGAGUUUGGUGGCAGUGGCACUGGUGGCUGGGUCCACGGGGUCAGCUUCUCUGCCAGUGGAAGCCGCCUGGCCUGGGUCAGCCAUGACAGCACCGUAUCCGUGGCCGAUGCCUCAAAAAGCGUGCAGGUCUCCACUCUGAAAACCGAGUUCCUGCCGCUGCUCAGUGUGUCCUUUGUCUCCGAGAACAGCGUCGUGGCCGCCGGCCAUGACUGCUGCCCGAUGCUGUUCAACUACGACGACCGCGGCUGCCUGACCUUCGUCUCCAAGCUGGACAUUCCGAAACAGAGCAUCCAGCGCAACAUGUCCGCCAUGGAGCGCUUCCGCAACAUGGACAAGAGGGCCACGACCGAGGACCGCAACACGGCCCUGGAGACGCUGCACCAGAACAGCAUCACUCAGGUGUCUAUUUAUGAGGUGGACAAGCAAGACUGUCGCAAAUUUUGCACAACUGGCAUCGACGGAGCCAUGACAAUUUGGGAUUUCAAGACCUUGGAGUCUUCCAUCCAGGGCCUCCGGAUAAUGUGAAGCUGCGCGAGCCUCCGCCAUCCAGCAUGACCGCUGCGGCUCUGCCAUUAGCAUGAUGGUGAGGAAAGCCAGCCCGAGGAAACAGCGCGCAGACCCCGCGUGUGUCUGACUGUAAUUGGUGAAAGUGUCGGUUUUUUAAAGCAGCAGUGAGUGUUUCUUUUUCUUUUCUUUUCUUUUUUUUUUUUUUUUGCGAUUUCAUUCCAUUCUUGACCAAAGCUUCUCUUUCAGUAGUUUAUUAUGGAAGAUUGU